AUGCCGUUUGACUACCUGCUUAGAGUUGAUCGUCACCUUUCCUCGGGAUUCGCUGGGACUUUUCUCCGGACUCCAAAAGGACUGACUGUACAGGAUUCCUCCCCCGGCCCACACGACUCCUCUUUAAUAGGAGAUAAACAUCUCUGCUCUGUACUGACCGCCUGUAGAGACGUGUGCACUCUUACCUCGGAGUACAGCUCGGGGAAGACUAAGCAGUAUGUAUCAGGAUCUCAGAAGCAUGCAAAAAAGACUUUUUUGCCUUCUAGCAGUUUUUUUUCUUGUGCGCUGCUGAAAUUGAACUCUUUCAACUCCCAAGACAGUGGAUUUACUAAGCAAAGGAUAAUAAUAAUAAUAAUAAUAAUAAUAAUAAUAAUAAAAACAACAAUAAUAACACUAAUGGAGUACCACGCGAGUGACAACUGUACAGCUGGAAGUAAGGACCUGUACAAGUUCUACUUCUCGGUGAUGAUAAUUGAGUUUAUCCUGGCACUUCCUCUGAACCUCACUGUGAUCUACCUCUUCAUUUUUAAACUCCAAUUCUGGAAAUCUAAAAGCAACAACAUUUUUCUGUUCAAUCUCGUCCUGGCGGAUAUCCUGCUCCUUAUUUGCUUGCCAGUCAGGGCGUACUACUUUCAGCGUGGAGAGAGACGGAGUAACAACAACACCGUUUGUAAAUCAGUCCUCUUUAUGCUUUUUUUGAACCGAGGAGCCAGCAUCGCUUUCCUGACUAUUAUUUCCAUCAACCGUUACUUGAGUGUGGUCCAUCCCGGGAUAAAGAACCCCUUGAAGAUUCGGAAAAGAUCCGUUCUCAUCUCCGUUCUGGUCUGGGUUUUGCUCAUGCCUCUGACCAUCCCGUCCUUGCUGACCACGUUUGAGUGCUGCAACAACAACGAGACGGGCGAGGAGACCAGCAGCGUUUUCGCAGACAACGCCACCACUGAUACCUUCAGAGAGCUCGUGUUUUUCACACCGGUUCUCAUCUCGUCUAUCGUCCUGGUCUACUGCACCAUAAGGAUCACGAACAGGCUGAAGGAGAAGACGGUCGGCGACAGGACCAAGCUGAGAAGAGCGGUAUUCCUGGUCACUCUGGUCGUCUCGGUGUUUGCUUUCUGCUUUUGGCCGUCUGCUAUUUCAAGGCUGGUGCUGUUGGUAGUCAGAGAAAAAAAUCAACCGAGCGCAGAAGAAAUCGCGGUUCAGGUCUACGAUGGCCUCAUGUGCCUCUCGUAUCUGGAUUGCCUCCUGGACCCGAUCGUCUACUGUCUGAGCAGUACCAAGUUCAAACGCGUGUAUAUAUCCACGUAUCUGCCUUUUCUGAUGAAAGGACACCAUGCAGAACAUCACUGAAACAUCAUCAUGAGCACAAACGCACAAAUGAGUGAAUGUAAUAACAUUAAAAACCUAAAGCUUUGAACAAACAUCCAAAAAUUCAAGAGUGUCAUUGACACGAUUUUAAACUGUGAUGAUUUUAAUCGGUUAUUUUACAUUUGAGUAAAAACAACGACAAAAAAAAGCGUUAUUGGUUAGUUCUGUUGUUAAUUGUACUGUUUUACUGAUUUGUUUUUUUUUUAUUUAUACAGUGACAUGCACCACAUCGUAGAUCAUGUGCUAUAAGACCUUUAGAUUUCACAGUUUUAUUCUCAUUAAACAUGCUGGGGUUUUUUUUUGUUGUUGUUGUUGUUUAUCAGAGAGGUGUUUUUUUUUUUUUUUUAAUGAAAUGUGGUUGAAAUGUAAAAAACAAAAAAACAACAAAAAAAAACCCCUCAGAUCUGUGAUGUGUUCACACAGCAGAGUUUAAGGGUACUCUUAGGUUUAAAAACGUAAGAGCUGUAUUCAGAGUAGAGUUACGCACAUGUAGUGAGGAGUUAAUGAAACUGUGUACAUUGCAUUUCAGACCUCAGGACUUACUAAGUGCUACUCAGAAAGAUUUAUGUGCAGGAAGGAGUUUGUGGAAAAUAAAGGUGUGUCUCGGUGACUGCAUGCGUGAUAAAAUACCCUCCAUCCAUCGCACACAACCUCAUGACCUCGAUUUAAUAUCUCGUCGCUUCAUUGAGCUGUGUGCAGUCAGAGCAUGAUAUAAAAAUAAUACGGCGUGCUGGAUCGAGUGCUAUUUUAUAUAUCAUACUACGACUAGAACUAUUCAUGCAAUUCAUAUUCAUAUUGCCAAUAUACUAGACAACUAUUAGAUUGAAUUCAACGCUUGCCACCUUCUCGUUCAUACCUUCGGUUUAUAUUACAGCGCAUUACAUUUAACAGUCAGGAAAAAAAGAGUCUUUAGUCCAUAUUUUCUAUCCCUGAUUUUUUUUUUCUCCUGGUGCUUGUGCUUAAAGGUGGUGGUCACGAUGCUAUUGAAAGAUCUCGAACGCUUCUGCGCAAGAACAAUCUCGCAAAUCAGUCAGGGGAUGUUUCUAGAACCAAAGAAAAUCGACUUAAGCAGGUGCAGAACCCGAUUCUGAAGAGCGCAUAACUUUCCCUGUAUGUAUACCGACAUGACCUUCGGACUUAAGCUGUCAACUCUCAGUACAGCCCUUAUUUUUUAACACAGGAAAAAAAAAAGCCUAGUUAAUUAGCUUAGGUAGCAAUUCUACGAAUUAGCUCCGGAAAUUCCCUAAAAUCCACAGAAAGUUAAAAUAAAUCUCAAAAUGGUAACACUUCAUUUUAAGGAACAGACGUAAGGGGUUUAUAAAGGUCCUGUCGGCUUAAUAAAGCUCACUUUAGACACUCGUAAAAGGUUUAUUCACUAUCUAUUAGGGCUUUUUUAAAAAUUUUAUAUACAUCAUGACCUGUAUUGCGAUAACGCGCAAUAAACAGUCUCCAUGUUAGACCUAAAGUCUCCAUGUUAGACCUUCAGGUUCUAAGCAGCAUCAAGUCACUGCAUUUUACAGCUUUAAGAGCUGAAUAAUUCACUAAUGAUAUCAUUUUUAUUCCAUGUUCUGAAUAGAGUUUUAGUUAUCACUAAUUAGGGACUGAAAAGGAAUACCUUUGCGAUAAAUUGCGAUCACUUGACACAACACAAGAGUUUUAUCACAAAUAUUAAUGCAGUUAUUUUUAGAUAACAGACUUCUUGUCAAGACUACGAAUAAAGACUUAACUAAUAGACUAAUAGACUGAUAAAUAAAGAGUAAUUAAUAAAUAAUAGCUAAGAAAGGUAAAAAUAGUCAAUGAAUAUUUUACAGAGGUCCGGUUGGAGCUUUAUGAAACAAAUAAGACCUUGUUUAACCCCUUGUUCCUUAUAAUAAACUGUCACCGUAAGGUUUGGCUUCAGGCAGGACAGUAGGACAGCAGAUUUGAACAUAUCUGCUUAACCCUUUAGUGAUAGCCGGUAUUCAACUUUUUCAGAAGGAAGAAUGUUGUCAUUUUGAACCUCGAAUUGACCCCUAGCUGCAGAUGUUCUCAUACAGGAGACGAGUUUGGGAUGAUGAGUCUCGGGACUGUUUGGAAAAUUAAGAAGUGUGUAAAAAUGUUAGUAAGAUUUAUUCAGCGGUGACGGUCAGAGCCUACCAGCGCACUGUGUUCGUUGAGGAGCACAAGCUGGGACUUCCUGCUCCACUCCAGCUCUAAUAAUAACCGUGUUGGAAACACACUUCCUGCAAUCUAGCACACCAUCAGCACCUGUUUCAGGACGCUGUGAGAGUGAAUAAGCCUGGUACUGGGUUAGGAAAGCUGGGGACAGCAUUAGUCCUGAAAGAGAAAGAAGACAAACCUAAUUUGACUUUAUAAUCAUGGGAAAAGGACUCGUGUGCAUUUACAAAUUUCCUCAUGCUAAUUCAGUCACCCCAUUACCUCAUAACCCUAGUGACAGGAAGUGGUUUGUGAAAUAAGUGACACCUAAUCAUUAAGCACUGUGUCACAGCAAUAAAUAAAAGAAAGAAAGAAAAAAAGAUGUGCAGUAGUGUCUUGUAAUUUGUGCAAAAGAAUUAUGAUUCAUGAUUAUUCCUUUGAAAAAAACAAACAUGUUGCUAUUUUUCUGUACGUUUAAACUCAUUUCUUGUGCCAAGAUCUGAUUCCGUAUGGCGCUUUUUCCCAGUAACUGAGUCGGUGUUGGGUAAUUUACAACAAGCCUCUUCAUGUAGGAAAAUAAAAUUCAGUCCAGCAAGUGCUCACACGAGAACGCUCUCUAUUUAGGGCUCUCAGAUAAAUCAUUCCAAAACUUGCACACUUUAGUUUCUACUUUAGUGAUACACGCACACACGCACACACGCACACGCACAGAGCUUUUUAUAUUAUAUAUUGCUCGUUAGGGACAAAUUCAUACAUUUAAAAUCUAUAUCCUGAAUUGAUAUGUUUCUGUAAAGCUGCUUUGAGACAAUGUCCGUUGUUAAAAGCGCUACACAAAUAAAACUGAAUUGAAUUGAAUAUUACAGCCAUGUGAAUUUUUGACUCUAAAUUGUUCAAAAGGUGUUGAUUAAUGAAUUAAUGAUUAAUACUGCAGCUACGAAUCAUAGGUUUAUAUUAAUGCACUAGAGCCAGUGUACGUAUGGUGACUAAGACUUGUAUGGCGGACGCUCCACAUGCACCAAUUUUUUAAAAACGUAUGUAAUCGUUGACGUACUGAGACAUUUAUUUACCAGCUAUGGAAGGAGUCUCCAGUGUUAGGAAAGUCUUUAGGAUGGAGGAGGUUGCGCUUUGUCAUGCAGUUUCUUUGUGAUAUUAAAAGAUGCAUUGUUAACGUCGAGAGAGAGAAAAAAGUGAGUCUGGUGAGGGAAGAACUGUUUAUAGCUGCAAUAACAUACGUGAUAACUUCCUGUGGAUUGAUAAAGUUUCGUAGCUUGGUCGCUGUGUCUCAAUUCUGAAGGUCUCUAGUCUGUGUUAUGAUGUUUCUGCACCAGGGCAGAAUUGUUUUGUGUUCUUGGAAUGUGUUGUUUUGAGCAUUGCUUAUCACCCCGCCUUUCGCCCUCACUCUCUCUCUCGGUUCUUCUUCUUCUUUGCAUCUGGUAGAACAGACGUCUUCGAUUCUUAUAUCACUCGAACCUACGUUAUAGAUGUUUUGAAUUGAUUUGUGAUCAUUCUUAUCAUUCUCAGUUUUUUUUUUCCCUCUUUCGGCUACUCCCAUUCAGGAUCGCCACAGCAGAUCACUUGACCACAUAUUUAGAUUCUGGCACGAGGUUGUUUUUUUUCCCAUUUUCCAGACUUGGGACCAACACUUGGAGAGCACUGGCACCCUCCAGUGGCUGCGGUCGGUUCCCUGACAGAGAAUCGAACCCGGACCACAGCGGUGAGAGCGGCGCAUGCUAGCCACUAGUCCGCCUGGGAACCACUUCAGGGUGUGCAGUUACUGGAAAAUAAUCCACUUCAAAAUGGCAACAGUAACUCCGCUUCGUCACACCACCUCGUCAUUGAUUAUUUUCCUAUACAGCACACCCCACUUAUUAUGUUUAUAAAUAAUAAUGCUGAUAGCAAUGAUGUCCAAUACUAUACUAUUACAUGUUUUAUGAAUUAAAAUGUGCAGAAAGUUGUAUUCUCUUUGGCCAUGUUUAUAUAUAUAUAUAUAUAUAGAGAGAGAGAGAGAGAGAGAGAGAGAGAGAGAGAGAGAGAGAGAGAGAGAGUCGUGAUGUGUCAUAAUCUAACCAAAUUAGCAUGUGGCAUACACUAUCAUGGUAUCAAACAUUAAGGCUAUCACAUGCCAGGGUUCAAGUAAACUGUUAUUCAGUUACACACACACACACACACACACACACACACACACACACACACACUGCAAUAUAUCCUAAUGAUACAAUCUUUUACAUCCUUCUGUAAUGUUUUCUAAAUUCACCAGCUUUAAAUCUGUCAGGAAGUCUUGCUCUUAAAAGACGACGGUAUUACUCUAAUUAAGGGUUGCGAUCGUAUUGUUGAUGUAUUACAGGCGAAAUCUGUUUUUUGAUUCAAAAUGACCUGUGUAAAAUUGUUUCACAGCUGACGUUUAUAGGCUUUUAUAAUAGGCAUGAACCAAAGUGUAGCUGAAGGCAGGAGUUGAACUGCUGCUCCUCUGGGUUAUGGCUGUAAGUCUCUUGUGUCAACACUCAUAUGUUUGGACUCAUUAGCCUCUAUUUAUAACCAUUAGCUUUUAUUGACUAUGUCUGGAAUCAUGUCAUGAGCCUUGUGUUUAAUA